AUGGCCACCCUCGAGUUGCAGAGGCCACAGCGCCCAGCUGCUCUGGCUACGACACGUCGCUCCCCUUCCACAUCAAACACACCCCUCACUCCUUCUUCUCCCACCAUCAUCCGUACCUCGCAAUUCAUUCUUCUUCCAUCGGUUCCCACUCACGAACCAGAAGACAAUCUACCCAGCCCACAAGCAUUGCAACAGCAGUUCGCUCUUGCAGCUCAGACCGACGCAGCAGCACGACGUAGCAGAGCCAACUCCCUCCGACAGGGCUCUUCAUCCGACGAACCAUGUACAGCAACAAGCUCACGCAGCGAGCUCUCACAUCACAUUAGCAACAACAUCAUCGCACACCACAGUGACAACGAAGAUCAGCUGGAAGAGAUGGCAGACCCCACUGAAACUGCCGCUUUCGACUACGAUCCAGCAGCGGCUCACAAUGCGAUUCGUGAUGUUCGCAACCAGCAGCUCGAGUCGCUUCAGCGCAUCCUUCACUCGAUCGCCCAGACGCACUUCGAGCAUGCUUCUUCAUCAACCGCACCUCACUCGGAAAUCACACAGAUCCUCGAUGACAUGUUUGCCUCCUUGCGUCGCAUCGGUGGUCACAAUGCUCCAUUGUCACCCACCUUUGCCCGAUCAGCACUUGCCAAUCAGAGCGGCUUCAACCAGAUCUCUGACCUCCAACGUCUCGUCUUGCUCGUAGACCGGUUCACGCUGGCCGUGGGCAACAUCGAGGAUGCUCGCCAGGCAGGUCUCUUGCUUAACCUCAACACACUCACCCAUGGUCUCGUCCAGUCGGACCGUCGUAUGGCUCGCGCUGCAGUCGAAAGCCCACCACGAACACCAAGGACGCUCCACUGGUCCGAAUCUUUGCAUCGUCGUCGUCGUUCCUCGUACCAGCCUUCACAACAACAACAACAACAACAACAACAACAACAACAACAACAACAACAACAACAACAACAACAACAACAACAACAACAGCAGCAGCAGCAGCACUACUCGCAAUCGCAGCACUCUCCACGGUCGAGCACCUUCAUGUCCGAGCCACGUCGGUCAUGGAGCUCGCACGGCACUCUGCCCACCUCAUCCGAUGAAGCUCUCGUCGAAUUGCAGCAGAAGGAGGCGGACGCCACCAAGGCAAAGCGAUCCGAGCUGCUCGCCGAGGCUGGUUUGCUCUCCUCUGUGCCCGAGCAGCAGCACAUCGAUCCGUCGGUCUUUGACAUGGCUACUGUUUGCCAAUCUCCCAGCACUACGAUGCCUUCCACUUUCUCCAUCGAGACGCUGUACGCUCGUCAGCCUCCGGUCUCUGGUCUUGUCGCUCCACAGUCGCCUCGCUCUGACCAGGCAUCGCGCGCCGCUUCGGUGGGUGAAAAGUCGGACUCGACUGCUUUAUUCAACCGCAAACGCUUCUCUGUGCAGACCGACAGCGCUUCCAGCACAUUGUUGCCUGGCUACUCUUACCAUGCCCCUGGCUACCAUGCCUCUGGCUACCAUGCUGUCAGCUAUGCUUCGCAGGGCGACAAGAAGACUGCUGCUCGCCUUGCUGAUCAGGAAGCUGAUACUACUGGCGUCGAGACACCCGACUCGGAUGACUUGCCUGGGUACGAUGGCCCUUCGAGCGCUUUCGCCAGCGACUCGAAAAAGGCGCUCGAGACACCGACUUUGCUCGAGCGACGUCGUUCCAAGCUCGCAGCUCAGCACAGCGCCUAUGCUGCUCGCACUCCCGAGGACUUGGCAAUGGUGCAGAGCUCUAUCGACCGCAUGUCAACUGUCAUGCCUCAGCUCGACAACCAGCGUGCCCUCUUGCCCGAGCAGCAGCGCGAGGCACAGCUCAACCAGAUGAUUGGCCGUCUUGCCGACUCGAAUGCAAAGCGUCUCAACGACCAACGCAGCAAUCCGCCCAGCUUCAAGCCUUCUCGACCCGCUCCUUCGCCACGCAUUCAAGUGGAGCGAACCGCUUCGCCAGCCAAGAUGCCCAGGCCUGCCAUGGUCCAAGUCUCGCGCAAGGUCAUGACGGCGCAGCCCGAGUCCGAGAUGCCUGCUACGCUCACUAGGCCUUGCUCGCAGCACAGUGGCUCGAUCCACUCUCGAAUCGGGUCAUCGCUGCUUCCCAGUGCGUUGAAUCGCAAGCUGUCGAUUGCUAGCAUUGGUAACGCUCUGCGACGUGCUUCCCUCUACGACACUACCAAGGUCAAGCCCAAGGAAAUGCCUGAGCUGCACGACAGCCAUGCUAUGCCACCAAGCCAGGCCAGCACUGUUCAUCGCAGUGCUGCUACUCAGCACUCGCGCAGCAAAUCGGACAUCGCUGAAACCCUUACAAGUCUCUUCAAUGAGGGCUCGGCACGCAUCAACGGCACGAACGACACCAGUGCAAGUCGUCUGGCAGCUCAGACUGGAUUUCGAGCCAUAGACUUUGCCGACGACACUCCUCGUGGACGUGAUGCCAGCCUCAAUCCCCGCGUUAGUGUCGAAGAGAAAGAUGACAGCAUGCUCGACAACUACAGCUUUUCCAAAGUCGAGGCCAAGGACUCAAACCACAGGUUUUCAGUCAUCUCGACAGCGCCUGACUCGCCACGCAGUCCUGUCAGUAUGAUGAGCAGCGGUAGCAGUCACACUUGUUCUCGUCGCAGCUCGCAGAUGCUAGGUUCAAACCCAGCUACUCGGACAUGGCCCAAGUCUCCCUUGACGUCCAUCUCGCCCGUCGCGCCAAAGAAGGCCACCAAGACUACGGCCACCUUUGCAGCUGAUACCCUCGCGCCACCUCCAUCCGAUACAUCACAAGCCGCUUGGUCACGGUCGCAACUGAGAGAGAAUGGUCUCUCGCCUCUUGGUCCAGGUAAGUCUUCAGGCGUCCCUGCUUCUGCUUGCCUCGUGCCUCUUGACUCUUUUGGCUGUGCUUCCGCUUCUACCUCUGUCCCUGCUGCUGCUACCAGUGCCUUUGCUGGUGGUCGCAACGACUUGAUCGUCUACUCUUUGACUGGCAUCAAGUAUUCGGCUCUCUCUCGUAACAAUGCCGCUGACAAGGACCCUGUCUCUGCUACUAUCACUGCUGCUCCUCCAUCGCUCCAGUCUAAACUCGAUCUGGGAAUCGAGUACUUUGCCGAAGCUCAACAUACUCUAGGAAGCAUCUCGGUGCUCCUUUGGACUCGUACUCAAGCCCCUUCACCACAUCCAUCACACACGGAUAAGGUGCAGUUGGAUUAUACGCUCGUCGAAGAGCAAGAGGGACAGAGUUGGACAUUGCAUGUCACACCGGUUGAUGCGAAUGUGAAUCUUCACGUUGUUUCUUGCGCGAGUGAAAGCUCGAGUGAGAAUGAACGCAAAAGCAGCAGCGGUAGUGGUGCCGGCAGUGGCGGCGGCAGAGGCGAGAAGUGGAAGCUAAGCAGUGAUCACGUGAGCUCCCCUGCCAGCAGCGGUAGUGGGGGAGUGCGCAUUCAGCUGGCGGCUGCAGCAACCUGGCCGCAGUCUGGCAGAAUCUCUCUUGCUCUCGGCGGAGCAGUUCUCCAGUAA